UUGGCUGUGUCUCUGUGAGGGGUUUCUCUGUGGAAUGCCCGUGUCAUGAUGCCGUCGCUGAGAAUCACCCUGCGUCCAGGUGACCAGGGAGGGCGUGUCGAGUCGUCAGCCAAUCACAGCGGGUGCUUUAGGAGAGUCAGUUCCUGUUUAUGUUCAUCAGUACUUCCUCUCAGAACCCUCCCGCCUCACUGAUGUCCUGCCCCCUCAGUAAGUGGUAGGUAGGUAGUUCCUGUAUCCAUCUCUUCCAUCACUUCCUCUUCCUCCUGAAGCCCCUCACCUUACUGUCUGGCUGUGUGGGGAUGCUGGUGCUAGCUGGCACUGUUCGUAACUAUGGUGAUAGUCAGGUAACCGUGGUAAGAGGAGUCUGUGGGCACAGCUUCCUGAUGUUGUGCCAGGUGCUGACGGGACAGGAGGGCACCAUCGAACAGACGGGCACAGAGGUGCUGUGCAACUCUGCUUCCUAGUUUACACUGAUGACAUCACAACAGGAAGUAUAGGACCUAUCUUACUGUAGAACGUCAAUCUCCGCCUCCUUGCACUUUCUAGAACUUCCUGUUGCUGCUACUUGACUUCCUGUUGCACAAAGUCUCUCAGACACUUUAAGGCUCUGACCUCUAACCUCUGAACCCAAGCAGCCAUGAGGCACAUUCACGUAGAACUGACACGCGGCAGCAAGGAGGAGCUGGCUCCUGUGGAGCUUCCAUCCCAGGAUGGGGACCUGCCUCCUCCCACGGCCCCCUCACAGGUCCCCAACCUUGGGGUGAUGAGACCGGGGGUGGUGGUUCCCAAGCCCUUUGGUCAUGAGCAGCUGCGUCUCCAGAAGGUCUACCAGCUCUCCAUCUUCUCCCAGCUGGGGGGGUUCUCAGCCUCCGAGCUCCCUAGAACCAGUGAGGCCCAGCCGGGUCAGGUCCAGCGGACUGACAGGGUGGGGGUCAAGAGAGGACAGGGUGGGGUUCAAGAGGAUUCCCAUCAAACACACAAAUGGCCCCACCUGGCUGGGGACCUUGACAGGGAAAGAGAUGGAGGGGUUCUGUCAGGGUCAGGACCUGGGGUAGGAUUGGAUGUCGGAAUGGGGGUAGGGAUGGGGGUGGGGCAGGGGCCUGUAUCCUCCUGCAUCAUGGUGGAUCACAGAGACUCAGAUGGGGGCCUGUCGCCUAUCCCCCCACCUGCACCCCUCUCUCCGGGCCACACCCCCGCCCGACGCCCUGCCCAGCACAAUCACGACAGGCCCGUCCCGGACCUGUGGGCCCCACUGUCACCCAAACCAUCCCCCAUGGUCGAGCCCCACAGCCCUCCUGGCUCCCGCAGCCCCUUUCCCAGCAUAGAGUCUCCUCCUGGGGGCGACGCGUCAGCCUGCUCCCUGGGCAAUCCUGGAGGGUCUGGGGAGGGCAGCAGUAGUGGCUCCUCAUUAGGACAGCAUCAGCCCAACUGCUGCACUGAUGGCCCCUGUGGGGCCCUUGGGGCAUUCGACACCCGUAGCCCUCCCCUCGGACCUCCAGGCUCCCUCUCCCACUGCUUCCUUCCCACCACAGACCCCCAGGAGCCUGGGGAGGGUAGGGAGUGGGGGGCCAAGCUGGAGUCCUCACCGCCCCAUCCUAGUGCUGCCGCCUUCAACUUCACCAGCGGCCCGAGCUCCGUGGAGAAGACCCCCAGCACCAGCGGCCCGAGCUCCGUGGAGAAGACCCCCAGCACCAGCGGCCCGAGCUCCGUGGAGAAGACCCCCAGCACCAGCGGCCCGAGCUCCGUGGAGAAGACCCCCAGCACCAGCGGCCUGAGCUCCGUGGAGAAGACCCCCAGCACCAGCGGCCCGAGCUCCGUGGAGAAGACCCCCAGCACCAGCGGCCCGAGCUCCGUGGAGAAGACCCCCAGCACCAGCGGCCCGAGCUCCGUGGAGAAGACCCCCAGCACCAGCGGCCUGAGCUCCGUGGAGAAGACCCCCAGCACCAGCGGCCUGAGCUCCGUGGAGAAGACCCCCAGCACCAGCGGCCUGAGCUCCGUGGAGAAGACCCCCAGCACCAGCGGCCUCCGUGGGAUCUCUUCGGGUCCCUGCCCGGCCAAGAAGAAACUGCUAUCAUCCAGCGACACGGGAGAGUCGUGUUCGGAGGACGAGGGCCCCUCCACCUCUAAGAGGAGCCGUCUGGCCCUGCUGACCCCGGGGUUAGGGCUGGCCUCCUGCAGGGGCACCGAUGCCAAGGCUGCCCCCUUCUGGAGCCACCUGCUGCCCAACGCACAGGACCCGGACCACACCAAGAGUUUAUCAGAAUGCAGAGGAGCCAGCAGAAGGCUGAAAAGUGGGAUGCUCCUGAAGAGUCGACAGCUAUGUAGUGGGCGGCGUACAGACACCUUGGGUCGCACUGCUCGGGCAGGCUGGCCCUCUUCUUCCAUCAGCCGUUCACUACUGGGUAACUUUGAGGAGUCGAUCCUGAAGGGUUGUUUCUCUCCGUCGGGUCGUAUCGAGGGCUUCACAGCAGAGAUCGGUGCCAGCGGAUCCUACUGCCCUCAACACGCCACUCUGCCUGUACACGUCACCUACUACGACAUCUCAGAGCACAGCGCACCCUCACCCUUCCUGGGGGUGAUCUCCUUGGAGCCUUUAGGGAAGAAGGGAUACAGCGUACCCAAAGCAGGGACCACCCAAGUGACCUUAUUCAACCCCAAUAAAACUGUGGUGAAGAUGUUCCUCGUGACCUAUAACUUUGGGGACAUGCCCGUCAAUCACAUGACCUUCCUUCGUCACCGCAUCUUCCUGGUUCCCGUUGAGGAGGCGGGGCCAGAGGCGAAGGGGGGUGGGCCUCCAGAGCCCAGGGCCACGCCCACAGAGAGGAGGAAGAUUCUCUGCUACCUGAUACACCUCAGAUUCCAGAGCUCUAAAUCUGGGAAGAUCUACUUGCACAACGAUAUCCGGCUGCUAUUCUCCCGCAAGUCCAUCGAGGUGGACACGGGGAUCCCUUACGAGCUCAAAUCUUUCACCGAGGUGCCAAGAAACCCCAAAUAUUCCCCCCGCGUGUGAGCCUAUGAUGAACCCGCGACCCCUGACCCCAUCACCAACGCAGCCCAUUCCUGGAACUGGGCACAGAGAGAUAAACAGACAGACAUGGACAAGAAAACUUGAAAAUAUUAUUCAUUCAAACACACGCAUAUAUACUGAGUAUACAAAACAUUAAGGACACCUUCCCUAAUAUUGAGUUGCACUCCCUCUAUUGCCCUCAGAACUCUACAGUUAUGAACUCUACAAGGUGUUGAAAGCGUUCCACAGGGAUGCUAGACCGUGUUGACUCCAAUGCUUCCUACAGUUGUGUCAAGUUGGCUGGAUGUCCUUUGGGUGGUGGACCAUUCUUCACACGGGACACUGUUGAGCGUGAAAAACCCAGCAGCGUUGCAGUUCUUGACACAAACAGGUGCUCCUAACACCUGCUACCAUACCCUGUUCAAAGGCACUUAAAUAUUUUGUCUUGCUCAUUCACCCUCUUAAUGGCACAUAUACACAAUCCAUGUCUCAAUUGUCUCAAGGCUUAAAAAUCCUUCUUUAACCCGUCUCUUCCCCUUAAUCUACACUGAUUGAAGUGGAUGUAACAAGUGACAUCAAUUUGGGACCAAAGCUUUCAUCUAUAUUCACCUGGUCAUGGAAAGAGCAGGUGUACUUAAUAUUUUGUCCAGUCAGUAUAUAUACAUACACAGAAACACACAUUUCCCACACAAAAUGCACAGACAAGCAUCGAUCAAUACAUGCACACAGGCAAAGCAGCCUCACGUGUAUACACAACUCACAGUACACAUGAACACUCGGUGGUGAAACUCAUCUAGAGUUGAGUGUUAACAUGCCUUGUGACUAACCUAAAAAACAGUUUUCCUCUCGAGCUGUUCGUUUCCCACACAAACAGUUGUUUACUCUGCCUGCACCCCCCCACCCACCCCUCCCCAAUGGUGGACCAAUGACAACUCUGCACCCGCCCCCCCUCCCCAAUGGUGGACCAAUGACAACUCUGCCACCGCAACCAGCCAGUCAAUAGAACGCCAGGGAGCCGCUAAUGGCGCACACUUUGUAAGAAGAGGACUGGAGAGCCUUAAACAAGCACAUCCCAGUAAGGGGGGAGGGGCACAAAACAAACGUUAUUAAACCAUUAAACCUGAGAAGAGAUGAGAUAAGAAGAGAGACAGAGGAACACUAGUGAAACAACGACUGAAUUCAAUCAAUUGAAGAAUAAAGAUUGGACGUCAGAUGUUUGACACAUCCUGCAAACGCCAAAACAAUUGGCUACACUCAGGACUUGUACUGUUUUGAUUGAAGCCUACAGAUGAUCCAGUGAGCCCUCCCCCAUUUCAAGCAUCAUGGUACGGACCACUGUGUAGGUAGGAUGCAAGGGUAAGGGGAAAAUACCAUGGUGUAGGUGGGCCCUUUUUUAUGUAGACUGGCGGAGGGACACUGUGUUUUAGUUUAUUUUCUGUUCAAAACAGUCCGAAAUGGGAGCAGAAAAGAAAAAACUGUAGUAUUUAAUUUGUUUUUUUCAAAUGUCUUAAAUAGCAAUAUGCUGCAUAAAUAGAGUGUGUUUUCAUUCAGACUACUGUCUGCAUCCCAAAAGGCCCCCUAUUCCCUAUAUAGUACACUACUUGUGACCAGAGGUCUAUGGGUCCUCUAUAUAGAGCCCUAUGGGUCCUGGUCACAAGUAGUGCACUACAUAGGGGACAGGGGGCCUUUCGGGACAAAGACUUUCUCUGUGGAGAUGGCUUUGGAGUGA